GGCUCACUGCACAACCUGUAGCUCAGAUCUGGAAUUGUACGCCGUUGUUGCUGUUUUGUAAUUGGUUCUGGAGAAGUGAAAUGACAGCUGGGAGCAAAUUUAAAUUUAAACACAUAAGAAAGAUAACAAUCUACAGCUGAUACUACACGAUGUCUAACUUCCUGUAGUAUCAGCUGUUAUAUAAUUUUAGUGAUCAUAAAUGUUAAUAUCUAACUGAUUUAUAAUAGCAAAAUCCCUCAUAUCUGACGUUUAUUGACACAACACACCUCUCUGCCAGCCUGUGAAAAAAUAGAAAGGCUUCUGUAAACAUGAUGACACAAUGAUAUGACACCCAAGGCCAACUGGCUGAUAAAACUUAUUACUGCUACUGAGAGUAACUGACAGCAGCAGCAGGUACAGGAGGGUGAAGGGCAGUGACACAGCUGAGUGAGCAGCAAGUGAAAAGGGGCAAAUGGAGAAACUGACAUGUUGGAUACUUGGUGUGUUCCUGCUGAGUUUAGGCAACGUUUUAGAGACUUCUAUCAGUUUCGUGGACGGUUUGGAACCAACACGAAGUUAUGACUACACCAAAUAUCACCGCAUGGAUGAGAUAUACAAGUGGAUGCAAGAUGUGGAGCGAGGGAACCCGGGGCUGAUCUCAUCUGAAGUCUAUGGACAGACUUUUGAAGAAAGAAACAUCACACUGCUGAAGCUGGGACUAGAGAACCCAGAGGGGAAAGAGAAGAAGGUGAUCUGGAUGGACUGUGGUAUCCAUGCUCGUGAGUGGAUCUCUCCUGCCUUCUGCCAGUGGUUUAUCAAAGAGAUUGUGAACUCAUAUAAAACCAAUAAGAAGCUGGAGCAGAUGCUGCAGAACCUUGACGUCUAUGUUACUCCUGUGAUCAACGUGGAUGGCUACAUAUUCACCUGGACCAAUGAAAGCACUCGACUGUGGAGGAAGUCUCGUUCGACCCCUCCGCCAGGCAGCACCGGCUGCUACGGUGUUGACCUCAACAGAAACUUUAAUGCCAACUGGGGAACGGUUGGUGUGUCAUUUGACAGCUGCUCAAACACCUACUGUGGGAAAUCAGCAGGGUCAGAGCCAGAGGCUAGAGCUGUGAUGGACUUUGUUGGUCAGAUUGAUAACAAGACUCUGUGUUUCCUCACCAUCCACUCUGCGGGGCAACUUCUGCUCCUGCCGUAUGGCCACCCUGAGAUCACUGCACCAAACUACGAUGAACUUGUUUCAGUUGGUGAGGCAGCAGCAGCAGAGAUGAAGAAGUUGCAUGGAAUGGGCUACACUGUAGGAACAUCUCCACAAAUCCUCUAUCCAAACUCAGGCUCAAGCCGAGACUGGGCUCGUCUCACCGGCAUCCCGUUCUCUUACACCUUUGAGCUGAGAGACAAAGGUGAGUUCAGUCACUUGCUACCAGAGGUGCAGAUCCAGCCGGCCUGCGAGGAGGCCUACGCCGGAGCUCUCUCCAUCAUCACAUAUGUUCACGACAAGGCCUUCCCCAGCAGCGGUACACUGCCUAACGCUGCUGUUUCUGGAGUCGCUAUGAUGAUUUGGAGCAUGGCUGUAGUGUCUCUAACCACAGGGGUCUUGGUGUAAGGCAAUCAUCAUACAAAUUGUAUUACAGAUAUGAUAGCUUUUAACAGAAAUAUGAAAUAUCGCAUAUAUGCAGUCUGUAAUCCAUUGUAUAGUUCAUCUGACAUACACAUUUACUCACAUUUCAUUAUGAUUAGU